GCUGACAAAUCCGAUUGUUUCUUACACCGCGAUUUGAAGCCUCCGAAAGUUUGAAACAGUGCCAAAAAGAGGUUUCGAUUAGCUUCGAUAUUCAUAGCAAUACGAUAACGAAGAAGUGAGUUUCUCAAGUUAUUCUCAAGCGUUUGACUGUGCCCUUACGACGCGUGCAUUUUCGAUCGUCGUUGAUGUGUGGAACGAACGCGUCUGUUUCCUAACCUCUCUAUCGACCAGACGAUCGUACGAGCAUUCUGUUUACUAAAGCUUUAUUACUAAGAAGAAAGGACAUUUUUUUUUCCAGAGUAGUCUAUUGGCGAUUUUAUCUAUCGUCAUUAACAGAGUCACCAUGACAGGUGGAAAUACCGCUGAAAAAUCAGCUAAUAAUCCUUUGGAGCAGUUCGUGCUGCUUGCAAAAACUGCGAAAGGUGCCGCCGCCAUAGAGCUCAUAAGGCAAGCCGUCGAAACGCCUGGUGUUCAUGUCUUUGGCGAGUUAUUGGACAUGCCAAACAUCAAAGAAUUAGAGAACGGUCCUUACGUCCAAUAUUGGAAUACUUUGAAUCUAUUUGCGUAUGGCACUUAUAAAGAUUAUCUGGAAAAUAAAGAGAAAGUAUUAGAGUUAACUCCUACGCAAAAAAAGAAGCUUCAGCAUCUCACAAUUGUCACUCUGGCCACGAAAAACAAAUGUAUACCCUACUCGGUAUUAUUGGAAGAGUUAGACAUAAAGAAUGUCAGAGAUCUGGAGGACUUGAUUAUCGAAGCAAUAUACGCCGACAUAAUCCAUGGAAAAUUAGAUCAGAAAAAUUCACAGUUAGAAGUAGAUUAUGCCGGUUUAGGACGAGACGUUCGGCCAGGUGAUACCGGUGUAGUAGCUGAGACAUUAGCUGCCUGGGGUGAAGCGUGCGAUACAGUUCUAUCUUGUAUCGAACAGCAAAUAUCUAGAGCUAAUGUCGAGAAACAAAAGGCUACUUAUCAUAAAGAAAGAAUACAGCGAGAUAUUACUAAUAUAAAGAAAUCCCUCGCCGCUCAAGCAGGAGGUGGAGGCAUUCAAGAAGCUGAUAUAGCUGGUGGUAGUUCUGGUGCAGGAGGAAGCGAAGCGGGUAGAGAAGCCAUGCCAGUACUCUCAGAAAAGAAGAAGUUACAGAAAGUCAAAUGUAUCAAAGUCAGUGAUUGUGAAUGAUGAAUGAAAAGAUUAUGAAUGAGAAGGGUAACAUUGAAACGAAUUUAUUAAUUAUAUAUAAAGUAUAACCUAAAUGUCGAAUCGAGAAUCCUUUAUGUAUCUGAAUAUUGAGUUCGUAGAUAUUUUUAAAACAAAGUAGGGAAAUAAUAUUUUAUACAACGUGUUCUAAAUAUAUAGCAUCGAAUUGUAUAUGUCAAAUAUGUAUGAGGUCUCGAUUUAGUGACACAUUUAUGGACUUAAUGUUAUAAUAACAAAUAAAAUUAAGAGUACUUUUCUUAUCAAAAUACAUUUGUAAGAUUGAUUUAUUGACACACAUCAGUAUAAGAAGCCUUUUAGAAAAACCGAAUAUAACAUUUGAAUAAAAAUUUUCACUUUAAUAACUGCAAAUGUUUAGCGGAAAAUGUAGAAAGAGCAAUAGAUUUCAUACUUUUACUGUGAUCAUUUUAAAUAUCAUGACUAGUAUUUACUGUAUAAAGGAUUUCAGUACUGUUAGCAUAAAAUUUAGCAUUUAUUUACGGAAUCGAUUGUUUAUUUAUUUACAUUAAACACGAAGUAAUAAUAUGUAUGAGGUAUACGUAACGUGUGAUGAUUGUCUUUACAUCGAGCAUUUGAAAAAAAAAUACAAUGAAUCUUUUCUUUGUGACAAAGAUAAUUUUGUAGGUAAGCUUGAAUAUUCUUGUAAUAUAUCCCUGUUUAUUUUUUUAGACCAAAGACAUCAUGUUUUGUGU